GAAAUGACAGAUCGAAGAUUUUUGUUUGCUUAUUUUUCCUCGUAAACGGUUUGUUGUAAGAUCUAGAUGUUUAAAUUCUUAUCUUGUUCGUUUUCUUUGGUCUCAUGAAAAGUUUCCGUUUUUAGUCGAGUCAAUACGUCCUUACUCUUCAUUCUUCUAAUUUUUCUAUUGAAUUGGCUUCUUCUGGUCAACCUAUUCGUUGGCUUUUUCUGUUUCUAAACGUACUUUUUACAUCCAAUCUUUUAUUAAUUUCGAAAUGAUCCAUUUUUUCCCCCAAAUCCAAAUUUCCCUCGAAUUCGAUCUGGGUGAGAAUUUAGGGAGAAUUUUCUGGAUCCUACCAAAUUAGGCGUUCUACUGUGGAUAAAAGUGGUUCGAAGAUGAAUCAUUGUAAACUUCAGCAGAACGCCUUCAAGUCCCGUGACGAAUCCAGAGGAUUUGCUCCUAUCACUUGUCAUCCAUUGGACUCUCUUGUUUGUCCUAAGCCUUGUCGCGUCCCCAAUAACCUUUUUCCUCCUUUUAGAUUACAUUCUAGUCCAUCAGAAUCAGGAGCCGCUGAUGUAUGUGAUUCUAAAGCCGGGGCAGAUCUUUUGGACAUAAUUCGUAGAAAGGAAGAAACAUUAUCUGCUGUAACUUCAUCGCCUCCGUUUUUCCUCGGGUCUCCCCCGAGCAGAGCAUCAAACCCGUUAGCUCAAGAUGCGCGAUUUGGAAAUGAGAAACUCAACCCUAUCUCACCCUCACUCUCACCAUUCCUCCCUUCUCCAUCUCCAUCUCGUGUCAAAGGAGGAGGUUGUGGUCGAGUGAAGUUUGGGCUUAAACCAGCAGCUGUUAGAGUAGAAGGAUUCGAUUACUUGAACAGGGACCGCCAAAGCUCGAGCAUCCCUGCCAUGGCUUAGAAGAAGAAAGAAGAAAGAACAGAGAGAAUCACAAGUGUACAUAAAAUCCAGAAUCAAGACUCCAUUUUUUUUGAAGCAGAUAUUUCGUAUUUUUGAAGAUGACGAGGAAAAGGAAGGUUAAAGAUUAGUCACCAUCACCAGUCAAGGCUUUUACUUCAGUUUUCUUUAACUCUGAGAUCAAUAUUGUGUAUAUAUACGGUAAUUAAGAUGUAAAAUCAUGUGUUAUCUAAAUCUUUUCGAGUCUCGUUGUAACAUAUUAAAACCAAUUUGGAGUGUUCUUUUUUUCUUUCGAAUCUGUAAAAAUAUAAGUUCUCUUUUGUAUAGUUACGUUUCUUCCU